AUGGGUUUCGGCGCUCCUCGUGGUCGCGGUGGCUUCGGUGACCGUGGCGGUCGUGGUGGUGGUCGUGGUGGCUUCGGUGGUGACCGUGGCGGCCGUGGUGGUGGCAGAGGUGGUUUCGGUGGCCGCGGUGGUGGUGGUGGUGGUCGCGGCGGUGCUCGUGGCCGUGGUGGUCCCCGUGGUGGUCGCGGUGCUCCCCGUGGAGGCCGUGGUGGUGCCGCUGGUGCCCGUGGUGGUGCUAAGGUUAUCAUUGAGCCCCACCGUCACGCCGGUGUCUUCGUUGCCCGUGGUGGUAAGGAGGAUCUGCUUGUCACUAAGAACUUGACUCCCGGUGAGGCCGUCUACGGUGAGAAGCGUAUUUCCGUUGAGGGUCCCGCUGGUGAGGAUGGUGCUGUCACUAAGACCGAGUACCGUGUGUGGAACCCCUUCCGUUCCAAGCUGGCUGCCGGUAUCCUCGGUGGUCUGGACAACGUCCACAUGAAGCCCGGCUCCAAGGUUCUUUACAUUGGUGGUGCCAGCGGUACCUCCGUCUCCCACGUUGCUGAUAUCGUUGGCCCUACCGGUAACGUUUACGCCGUUGAGUUCUCCCACCGCUCUGGCCGUGACCUGAUUGGCAUGGCUACUCACCGUACCAACGUUAUCCCCAUUGUGGAGGAUGCCCGUCACCCCCUGCGUUACCGCAUGCUCGUUCCCAUGGUCGAUGUCAUCUUUGCCGAUGUUGCCCAGCCCGACCAGGCCCGUAUUGUCGGCCUGAACGCUCACAUGUUCCUGAAGGACCAGGGUGGUGUCCUCAUCUCCAUCAAGGCCAGCUGUAUCGACUCUACUGCCGCCGCCGACGUUGUGUUCUCCCGUGAGGUCCAGAAGAUGCGUGAGGAGAAGAUCAAGCCCAAGGAGCAGCUGACUCUGGAGCCCUUCGAGCGUGACCACUGUAUCGUCGGUGGUAUCUACUCUCGUUCUUCAUAA